AUUUUCUAUGGCUUCUGGUUCACUGUUGAAGGUGAAUGUCCUCUCGUGUCUGUCAGCAUUUGCUGUCAAUGGCUUUCAUGAUUUAUUUUAUUUGAAUGUCUGGGCUUUUUACACUUUCGUCCAAAGAAACCAAUAAUGGAUAUUCUAUGGAUUUUAUGGAUAAUGCCCACUGUAAUAGCUGUAGAAGAAACACUAAUGGACUCUACCACAGCGACAGCUGAGCUGGGCUGGACAGUCUAUCCCGUGUCAGGUUCCAGUGACAACAGCUGGGAGGAGGUGAGUGGAUACGACGAGAACAUGAACACCAUUCGCACCUACCAGGUGUGUAACGUGUUCGACAACAACCAGAACAACUGGGUCCGCACCAAGUACAUCCGGCGCCGGGGUGCACAGCGCAUCCACGUGGAGAUGAAGUUCUCCGUGCGAGACUGCAGCUCCAUCCCCAACGUGCCCGGCUCCUGUAAAGAGACUUUUAACCUGUACUACUAUGAGUCAGACUCGGACAUGGCCAACAAGGUGUCCCCGGCCUGGAUGGAGAACCCCUGGAUCAAGGUGGAUACCAUCGCAGCCGACGAGAGCUUCUCCCAGGUGGACCUGGGUGGCCGGGUGAUGAAGAUCAACACAGAGGUGCGGAGCUUUGGCCCCGUGUCCAAACACGGCUUUUAUCUGGCCUUUCAGGACUACGGCGGCUGCAUGUCACUCAUCGCCGUGCGAGUCUUCUACCGGAAGUGUGCCCGCGUCAUCCAGAACGGGGCCGUGUUCCAGGAAACCUUGUCGGGGGCGGAGAGCACAUCUCUAGUGGCAUCGCGUGGCGUGUGUAUCCCCAACGGGGAGGAGGUGGACGUGCCCAUCAAGCUCUACUGCAACGGGGAUGGCGAGUGGAUGGUCCCUAUCGGGCGCUGCAUGUGCAAGGCUGGCCACGAGGCUGUGGAGAACGGGACUGUGUGUAGAGCUUGUCCAUCGGCCUUCUUCAAGCCUAUACAGGGUGAUGCAUCCUGCAUGCAGUGUCCAAUCAACAGCCGUACCACCAAUGAAGGAGCCACUAACUGUGUGUGCCGCAACGGUUACUAUCGCACCGACUCAGAUCCCAUCCAGAUGCCCUGCACAACGGUGCCGUCUGCUCCUCAGAAUGUUCUGUCCAUCGUGAAUGAGACGUCUCUGAUGCUGGAGUGGCAGCAUCCUAGGGAGUCAGGUGGUCGUGAGGACGUGGUCUUCAACAUCAUCUGUAAGAGCUGUGGAGGGGGCCGGGGAGGCUGCACGCGCUGUGGCGACAACGUCCAGUUUGUACCCCGCCAGCUGGGUCUGACUGAGCCCCGGGUCUACAUCAGUGACCUGCUGGCCCACACACAGUACACCUUUGAGGUGCAGGCCGUCAACGGUGUCUCUGACCAGAGCCCCUACUCACCACAGUACUCCUCCGUCAACAUCACAACCAACCAGGCUGCUCCAUCGACAGUGUCCAUCAUGCACCAGGUCAGUCGUACCGUGGACAGCAUCACUCUGUCCUGGUCUCAACCAGACCAGCCCAAUGGAGUCAUUCUGGACUAUGAACUGCAGUACUACGAGAAGGACCAGACCGAGUACAACUCAACCAUCAUAAAGAGCCAGACUAACACAGUGGUCAUCCGUGGUCUCAAAUCAGGGGCAAUCUAUGUGUUCCUGGUUCGCGCCCGGACCGUGGCCGGAUUUGGGCGCUACAGUGGCAAGCUCUACUUCCAAACCAUGACUGAAGAGGAGUACAACACCAGCAUUCAGGAGAAGCUGCCUCUCAUCAUCGGCUCUGCAGCUGCAGGUCUGGUCUUCCUCAUCGCAGUGGUUGUCAUCGUCAUCGUCUGCAACCGGCGUGGCUUUGAGAGGGCAGACUCAGAGUACACAGACAAGCUGCAGCACUACACCAGUGGCCACAUGACUCCAGGAAUGAAGAUAUAUAUUGAUCCGUUUACAUAUGAGGACCCCAACGAGGCAGUGAGGGAGUUUGCUAAGGAGAUUGACACUUCCUGUGUGAAGAUUGAGCAAGUCAUUGGCGCAGGAGAGUUCGGGGAGGUGUGCAGUGGGAACCUGAGGCUCCCAGGCAAAAGGGAGAUGUUUGUGGCCAUCAAGACGUUGAAGUCGGGUUACACAGAGAAGCAGAGGCGGGACUUCCUGUCUGAGGCGUCCAUCAUGGGUCAGUUUGACCACCCCAACGUGAUCCACCUGGAGGGUGUGGUCACCAAGAGCGCCCCUGUCAUGAUCAUCACUGAGUUCAUGGAGAACGGAUCACUGGACUCCUUCCUCAGACAAAACGACGGUCAGUUCACAGUGAUCCAGUUGGUGGGCAUGCUGCGUGGCAUCGCCUCUGGUAUGAAGUACCUGGCCGACAUGAACUACGUCCACCGCGACCUGGCCGCACGCAACAUCCUGGUCAACAGCAACCUGGUCUGCAAGGUGUCCGACUUCGGCCUGUCCCGAUUCCUGGAGGACGACACGUCAGAUCCCACCUACACCAGUGCCCUGGGAGGGAAGAUCCCUAUCCGAUGGACAGCCCCUGAAGCCAUCCAGUACAGGAAGUUCACGUCCGCCAGUGAUGUCUGGAGCUACGGUAUCGUCAUGUGGGAAGUCAUGUCCUAUGGAGAGAGACCUUACUGGGACAUGACCAAUCAAGACGUGAUCAAUGCCAUAGAGCAGGACUACCGGCUGCCCCCUCCCAUGGACUGCCCCUCGGCCCUGCACCAGCUCAUGCUUGACUGCUGGCAGAAGGACCGUAACAACCGGCCCAAGUUCAGCCAAAUUGUCAACAACCUGGACAAGAUGAUCCGCAACCCCAACAGUCUGAAGGCCAUGACCCCGCUGUCUUCAGGUGUCCAUCUUCCUCUCCUGGACCGCAGUGUUCCAGACUUCUCCAGCUUCAGUACUGUGGACGAGUGGCUGGAUGCCAUCAAGAUGGGCCAGUACAAAGACAACUUUGCCAAUGCUGACUUCGCCAGCUUUGAUGUGGUUUCCCAGAUGACCAUGGAUGACAUCCUGAGCGUGGGCGUGACGUUAGCAGGCCACCAGAAGAAGAUCCUGAACAGUGUGCAGAUGAUGCGUGCCUCCAUUAACCAGAUCCAGUCUGUGGAAGUUUGACCAUCCAGAAUGGAGCAGAAGAGAGGAGAGCAGAAGAGAGGAGAGCAGAAGAGAGGACAGCAGAAGAGAGGAGAGCAGAAGAGAGGACAGCAGAAGAGAGGACAGCAGAAGAGAGGACAGCAAAAGAGAGGACAGCAGAGGAGAGGACAGCAGAGGAGAGGAGCAGAGAAGAGGGGAUUGGGAUGCAGGCUCUGGGUUCACGGAUGGAGUGGAGGUGUUUUUGCUUGACUGUGAACCUUGUCUUCCUACCAAACAACCAUCCAUCCACGGUCCCCUUUUUCAAUCCCUCUCCUGUCCUCCUCUAUCCCCUCAUCCAAAGUCCCCAUAACCUUUCAGGAUCAGCUCUGGAGGUUUGUGGCCAGCAGGUCUACAUGACCAGACAUCAAUCAAUGUGGCCAACAAGGUUCCUUCUUGGAACCAGGAUCAUGAGAGGUUACUGACCAGUGACACAUUUCUACUUCCAUCUUCCACCUCGUUUUUUUUUUACGGUGAACUUUUUUCUUACAUUUUUUGGUUUGUUUGAUUUAAGAAUUUUGUAAAGAAUUUUGUAAAGAAAAAAAAGUUGAGGAAACUCAAGGAGUCUAUAAGUAUAGAUGUAAACUAGGUGAACUGACUAGAAAGACUACCCUUUAAAAGGGUAACAGACAAGAAGACAAUGAAAAAUGGGAGAUUUCAAGACCAUCACUUUCAAAAAGAAACUGAAAUAUUAUAUGUUGUUUUUUUUUACUUGGGAAACAGGAAAGAAACAUAUAUCUUUGCUGCCUCCCCAAAAGCAAACAGCAGAAUAGACUGAGGAACUUGAUCUACACUCCUAUGGUUGACUUGGGAGACAAAAUGGUGUGAGCACCAUGGAAUGGACAUCUUUUGGCAGAAACUACUACCAUGAACAAAUUCAAGAAAUUCAGUUAUCUACCAAUUUAAAGCAACACUUAAAAAAUAAAAAAUAAAUACCUUUUCUCAUAACAAGUAAUUUCAUUUUUCUGUGUGAAAAUGUUGAAGAUUUUCUCUCACUUGCUUCCUCUCACCGUGGGAAAGUUUAUAUUUUUUCAAUGAAAACAUCACAACCUGCCAAAUGGAACAUCCUCCCUGUGUACCUCAGAUGAUGUCAUGGUCCUGUACAUAUCAGAUGCACUUGACAAUGGGACUGUGAUGUCAUCACUAUGAGCCAGACAUAGUUACUAAGACCUGGAAGUGAUGGAUUUAAAUUGUUUCUUUGGGUGACUAGAGGGAGGUUUUUCUUUGUUGUUAUUAUUCAUUUCAUUUUCAUUUUUUCAAAAUGUUAGUUGUGGAUUUUGAAGAAUCAGUGUAAUAAACAGCAAACAUACAGUACUUCCUCCAUGGAUGAAUGGAAAAAAAUAACAUUAUGGGUGUUUUCCCUAUAAUGUUUACAUAGGAGGGCACAUAUGUUUUGGUCGUCACAUUAUCUGCACUCUUAGAAAAACAGGUACUAUCUAGAACCUAAAAUGGUUCUUCAGUUGUCCCCAUAGGAGAACCCUUUGAAGAACCCUGUUUGGUUCCAUGUAAAACCCUUUCCACAGAGGUUUUCCACAGAGGUUCUACAUGGAACCAAAAGAGUUCCACCUGGAACCAAAAAGGCUUCUCCUAUGGGGACAGCCGAAGGACCAUUUUGGAACCCUUUUUUCUAAGAGUGUAGAGUUUCCCCCCGUGUUUUAAACUUCACUGAGUGUGUGUGUGUGUGUGUGUGUGUGUGUGUGUGUGUGUGUGUGUGUGUGUGUGUGUGUGUGUGUGUGUGUGUGUGUGUGUGUGUGUGUGUGUGUGUGUGUGUGUGUGUGUGUGUGUGUGUGUGUGUAUAUGUGUGUGUGUCUGCGUGAGUGCGAAUGUGCGUGUGUAUGCGUGUGUGUGUGGCUAAAUGUGCUCUGUGUUACAAAGCAACAGCUCCCAAAGCUGAAGGGCUAGUGUUUGAUAGCAUGCUGAGUUAAUGAUUGAUUUCACAGAGCUUUGAUAUGUUACACUUUACAGAACACUGUUCCGUAAGCGCUUGGAUUUGAUACACUUUACAAAAUAUAAUGUGCUUACAUUAUAUUUAGCUUUUUUUUUAAGGUUUCGUUUUUAAUUUAAAGUAACUUUAUAUUGAAGUGUUAGGGUUUUAACACCACAUAUGGUUAUCUCACAUUGGUAUGGUCACGGACAAAUCUUUUCACAACUGGGCAGUAAGUAACAUUAGCAUGGGAUAGUGGAUUAUUUUACACAUAUUAUUAUAAUUAUUGUACAUCAUGGAUGAUGGGGAGCACUUGUGACAGCUUUUCCAAGUAGUCUAUUGGCAGGGUCUGUGAACACAGAUCAUACGAUACAAUAGGCCUCCAUGCCCUUGUGGAAUUUUAGGAAAUCAUUGUUGGUGCACAAGCAUUUCUGAUAAGUGGAGUCCUUGAGACUUCUAUUUUCAUUUUAUAGAUACAUAUUGCAUUUACUAUAUGGCUUCUGUGAAUAGCUGUCUGAUGAACGGAAAGCUAUCUAUCAUUGUCAAUGUCAUUGAGGCCGAUGUGUUGUUUGAGGGGUUAGGGAGCCUGGGGAGGUCCUGUGUUAGUCAAAACCCAUGGAUUCCCUAGAGAUGGUAAAUCACACAGUUUACAAACUCAGGCAAAUGAGAUCAGUACUGCAGAGCUGCUAAUGGAUAGAUCCACUGAGACAGGCCCAGUACUCGAUAUAGACUGAGGAGCCAGACAUGGAUCUCUAUCUGGUGCCCAUUGCUCAUUCCUAGUGGGGGUCCACAGCCUGAUCACAGACCCGCUGACCAGACAGUGAUUCCGUCUAUUUCUCCUCAGAGCUAAACACACGCCUCAGAUCCCCUGCUCUUCUCCUCCCACUGUGCUCUGCUUUCUCAGAUCCAUGACUUUGUGACUCUGCAUGUUGUCAUGUUGACAGACCAGGUUUGUUUAAAAAACAGACAGAAUUUAUAUAGGCAACACACAACCUGAGGGCCCCGUAUUGGUCUCACAGCAGGUGGCUAUGUAAGCGGAGGUUCUUCCACAAAGAACCUUGCUGUCUGAACAGAACUUUGCUGUCUGAACAGAACAGGAGAGGUGUCCUAUAGCACAAAAGGAGUGAAAUCCCACCUUAGCUCUCAUCUGUCACUUAGUCCCCAACUUAUUCCACCCAUUAACCCAUAUGGCCAUCCAGAGUCUUUACAAACCUUUGGCAGGAGCAUUGGGGUUUUCAUCCAGCUUCUGUAACAUCAUCCUCCCUUUAGUUUUCUGUCUACAGUACUGUGUCACCCUGCAUAUUCCAGUGCAGACUCCAUGCAGAUGAAACAGCAGGAAGUACAUCACUCUCACUGUUAGUCAUUGCCCAGAGUGAAAGGGUAAAUUAUUCUGUGACCCAACUAUCACUGAUGCCACUGUGCUGUUUCCUUUAAAAAAUAAAUGUGCUAAAUAAUCUUCCUUUCCAUCUCAAAACACUUUAAUAUUUGAGGGCACCUCAGUGAUAUUCAGUAAAGAGCCAGCAGGCUGAGUCAGUCUUCCCAAGAUAUAGACAGAUAUCCCACUGUCAGGGCAAUUUCUGUUCAGGAAAUCAGGCUCAGCAGUACAGCACUAAUAUUUGUGCUGAAGACAGACAGACGGAGUCUUGUGUCACUUGCAAAUGUCUCCAUUCAUGCUCUCUGAGCUGUUUGGUGAUAGUGUCAAAUUAAGGUGAUUAAGCGGGGGUGCUUAAACAAACUAUGUUUCCCCGUGUGACGUUCAAUCAAAAUACAGUAUGAUAUUUUUUUUAUAAUGAUGAACUUAAACACACAGUAGUGGUGGACUCGUAUUUAGAGGUAUAGGAACGUAAAUAUAGGUAUUAAGAAAGUGUUUUUAUUGUCUUGAAUUAUUCUUGGAGGAGUAGGUUUGGUGUGUUACUUUGUUGAGAGAAUCUAGAUUCAUAAGGAGUUGAGUCAACACUUUUAGUGGUUGCUCAUUGUGGAGCUAUGGAGACUGCUGAAAGCACUGUGCAAACUAUUUAUUUAUUCUGUAUCUGAACCUAAUGGCAUAAAGAAACCUUGUUUUUUCACCCAUAGUUCAUCCAGAGCUAUCAUUUGCUAUUCGCCGGGGAAGAAACUGUCAUCCCUCCUUCUUUUAUUUUUAAAACGUUGAUAGCCUCCAGUAGAGCUCUGUGGUACUGUUUCAAAGCCCAUGCCUUCUGAUAAAACCCCUUGGCACAGUGGUCCUUUCUGGGCCCAUUGUAAUGGACCUGUAGUAUGUGAUUAAUCGAUCUGAUGGGAUUAUGAUGGGGGGGUUUUCAGAAUAGGUUCUGCUCACACUGAGGAUUAGACUUCCCUGUGUGAAUCCAUGAUGGUCAUUAUGCCACAAUAUCUCAUGUGAUGUCUCACUCAAUAGUUAUCUCUGGUGUGAAAUUAAAGGUUUUAAAGCACCACCAUAAGUACUGCAUAUGGGUUACUUUAUACAUAGAUGGAAUCAAGGAUAUUUUUACAUUGUUGAGAUUUUGCAGCUAGUUGAAGACGAGGAGAAGCUAAAAAGGUAUAAACACACACAUAUAGUUUUUUGUUGAAUGAUUGUGUAUUUUUCUUCCAAAGGCCACUGAAAUAACAGGCAUUUUCUAGACAGCAACUUUACACUUUCAUGAGUUUCCAUUUUUCAUGAGAACAUCAAAAAUGCUCAAUUUCUGAAGAAAAAAACCCAAAAUAUAUUCUGUAGUUAUUUUUGAUGUACUAUGUGCUUCACAAACAUAAAAUCUUGGGCUACCAUCACUACAAUUAUUUAACAGUGCAGGGCAAUCUCCUUCAUACUCUCCGUUUUCAAUGUCCAGGCUCAUGCGACAGAUCAGAAAUAAAGGAGCAUAGAUGCAUUAUGAUUAAACAUUGAGAACAGAAUAUAACUGUGUUUUUUUGCAGUAGGGUUCUUUGUUUGGAAUAAACAAGAUACCUUGCUCCAGUAUCACAGAACUCUGUCCUCUGCGCUUUUGUACAUCUAAAACGCUUGUCUUUGUUUCAAUGGCUUGUAUCUGCAGAUACAGUUGAUGUUUCACUGUCAAUGCGCAUGUUAACUAAUGCAUAACAAUCUUUUAUUUAUAAAUCAAAACCAAUGUAUCUGAGAUGUUGAUUCAAUGCAUUGCGGACGCAAAGAACAUUUCCCCUACUGUGUUCCGAUUUUUGAAGGACGGACGAAAACCAUUAUGUCUCAAUGUUACAAUUACAUGACAGUGUGCAUAAACACAAGCUGUGCCGGCUCGUACUCAUUGGUCUGUGUUUGUGGACCAUCCAAAUAUGCCCCGAGCAGCAGUCCGCCUGCCUGCGUGGCUGUCAGUUCUGUGUGUAUAGAAAAUGGCUCCUGUGGAUAACUCUCUUACGUAAAGCGUCAGAGCCCCCUCUACUGACAUGGUGGCUAAUAGCAGUCUAGUUGUGACAAAUUUCCAUGUGUUCCUUACGUUGUCUUAUCCCCCCACAUCCCCCUUCCUCCCCUAUGUUCUUACCUCUCUGGCUGUUGGUAAAGACAGGCUGAAGAUGGUCCUGUCUCCCCUGGCCUGUUGUAGCUCUCGUAGAACAGUGCCGGCCCUGACCACUGUGACUGAUGUGGGAGGUCCUGUAUUUCUGUAUAAAUGUACAUUGACUGUAACCCUGUGAAUGAUGUAACAAUUUCAUUAUUUGUAAUAUUGUAAUUGGUUUAUUUUCUAAAAAUGGAAAGCCCAACUUGACUCUCCUCAAUAAAAAAAUGAGAUCUGUUAUA